AUGCCUGAUCGUAGCAUUCGAAAACGAGGCGCUCUUACCGGCCACAUUCACACCCCGAACAGAGGCUUUCCCGCGCCGUCAGAUCACGGGCUGAGAAUUUGCCGGACAAGGGGCUGCUUUCUCAUUGGGGGCUCGUGUCUGAACGGCAUCGGAGUCGGGGCAACUCUCUGCAAAGGCGUGGCGCUAGAAGGGGUGAAAAAGUUUCCAGGGGAAAGACGCAGAAACAAAGAGAACCUGAAGCCUGAAGCCGACGCCCUGUUUGAAGCCUGGACGACCAAGAUGGUGAAUUCCAAGCUCCAACAUCUCACGGAACAUUGCACCGCGAUGAGUGGGAGUCCGCUCCUUUUAAAGCGCGAGCCACCGAUCGGGCUUCGGAGGCCCGGGGAAGGGUUCAGGGAAGGGUUCAGGGAAGGACUCAGAGAAUCCGACGCCGGAUACGACCUCCCCCACGGCUGGAUUUAUAAUCACCAGGCGGCGCCUCUAAACCGGCACGAAGCAAUUGCCCGAUGUCACCUAGCGGCCUCUGCCGUCGUGCCAAUCGACCGCGAUCGUCGACCCCUCAAUGCACUCCAAUUGGCCAAUGGGCCUGGUCUGGGCCGCGGUGCUGCUUUUGCGGCCGGUUAG